AUGAAAGAACUGCAAACUAAAGGAAAUGAAAAGCUGCAGGUGAAUAUUAAAGCUAUUGUUUGUGAUGCGCCUGCAAGAGCAUUUGUUAAAUGCAUUAUAGGGCAUAGUGGCUACCAUAGCUGUGAAAGAUGUGUGGAAGUUGGCACACAAAUGCAGGGCGUAAGAAUAUUGGAAACAAAUGCUUCUCUUCGUACCGAUGUACCCUUUAAAAAUAAUUUAUAUAAAGAAGGUCACCAACUUAAAAGUCUCUCUCUACUUGUUCAAUUAAACUUAUAUUAUAGAAGAAAGAUGACAAUGGCAUUCUGUGAAAGUGAUAAAGAUAUUGUAGUUAGUGAUGAAGAACAACACGGAAGACAUUAUUUGAGUUCAAAUGACCAAAGAAUAUCUAAAGUGAUUUCAAAUAUAGCAGGUUAA